AUGCUCUUUAAAGCUUCCACUCACCUCCAGGGCUAAAAACGAAGCUCAUCCUUGAUCUGUGAGCACAUCUAGUGUCCUGCGUGUUACCGGCUUUCAUUUUCUUUUCCCAAAGACGAAAUCCUCUGCUGUAAACAUGGACCGUCUGGAGCUGAAGAAAGUGAGCAUGGAGGCGGACGAUGAAAGCAGCGUGGACGAUCGCUUCACACCCAUCGAUUCAGAGAAGGCCAGCCAGUUUCUGGAUGAGGACGACGCAGAGAGUCAGAAGUUUCUCACCAAUGGCAUCAUGAAGAAGAAGAAAUAUGAUGAAGAAGAAUAUCACCCGGGUCACACAUCGUUUGGGAUGUCCGUCUUUAACCUCAGUAAUGCCAUCAUGGGCAGUGGAAUUCUGGGUCUGUCCUUCGCCAUGGCCAACACCGGCAUCAUACUGUUUGUCAUUCUCCUGCUUGGAGUCGCUAUCCUGUCGCUUUACUCCGUUCAUCUGUUACUAGUGACGGCCAAAGAAGGAGGCUCGCUGAUCUACGAGAAGCUCGGAGAAAGAGCGUUUGGAUGGCCGGGAAAAAUGGCAGCUUUUGGAUCGAUAACUCUGCAGAACAUAGGAGCCAUGUCCAGCUACCUGUUCAUAGUCAAAUACGAGCUGCCGGAGGUGAUUCGAGCUUUUCGCGGGCUGGAGGAGAACUCUGGGGAAUGGUAUCUGAACGGGAAUUACGCGGUGGUGUUGGUGUCCAUCGGCAUCAUUCUCCCGCUGUCUCUGCUGAAAAACCUGGGGUAUCUGGGGUACACCAGCGGCUUCUCUCUCUCGUGCAUGGUGUUCUUCCUGGGAGUGCUGAUCUAUAAGAAGACGAUCCUGCCCUGUCCUCUGCCGUUCUUCUACCAGCACGAGUCCAACAUGAGCAUGAACGGCUCGGACGCUCUGGGUCUGUACGUGCUGCAGAACGCCUCGGCACUGGCCUCUAUAUCAGCAGCGAACGGACCUCACGUGCCGGUGAACAGCGCCGUCCAGUUCACACCUCACCCUGAGGACGUGUGCACACCCAAAUACUUUGUGUUCAACUCACAGACCGUGUACACCGUUCCCAUCCUCGCCUUUGCUUUCGUGUGUCAUCCUGAAGUUCUGCCCAUCUACAGCGAACUCAAAGAUCGCUCUCGGAGGAAGAUGCAGAGGGUCUCAAACCUGUCCAUCUUGGCGAUGCUGGUGAUGUACCUGUUCUCCGCUCUGUUCGGUUAUCUGACGUUUUAUGAUCAUGUCGAGGCAGAGCUGCUUCACACCUUCACCAAGGUCUACAAGUUUGACACGAUGCUUCUUCUGGUGCGUUUGGCUGUGCUGACGGCGGUAACGCUGACCGUUCCCAUUGUGCUGUUCCCUAUUCGUUCGUCAGUCAUCACGCUGUGUUUCGCUGGGAAAGAGUUCAGCUGGAUCCGACACUUCCUCAUCGCCGCUGCUAUACUGGCCUUCAACAACCUCCUGGUGAUCUUCGUCCCCACCAUCAGAGACAUCUUCGGCUUCAUCGGUUCGUCUGCAGCCACCAUGCUCAUCUUCAUCCUACCGGCGGCGUUUUACCUGCGGCUGGUCAAGAGCUUACCGUUCAGAUCACCGCAGAAAAUAUCUGUGAGUAUAGACCAUAUAUUAUAUUAUAUUACUUUUGCUACUUUAUGCUUUUGACCUAACUCAUUUAUC